CGACUGUUUGAUAUUCAAACUUCUCUUGGUCCGUUCACAAAAAUCGAUUUUCAACCCGAGCACAGAGAUUGAAUUAAAAAUACAAAAAAAAUUUUCAAAAAUAAACUUAAAUUAGUGUAGCAUACAGAAAUAUGGACGUUAAGCAAUGCGUGCACAUUAAGACAAAUAUAGGCAUCAAUCGAGAAUAUCUUAAAUCCAAGAAAAACGAAAUAAAAAUUUUCGAGUGUUUGGAAUGUGGCGACAAGACGGACAAUUGGAUAUGCUUAAAGUGCGGUCACAUUUGCUGUUCUCGAUACAUUAAUCAACAUGCAAAAAAUCAUUGGGCAGCGACAAAACAUAAUGUAUCGAUGAGUUUGACGAGUUCUGCCUGCUACUGUUACGAGUGUGAUGAUUUUGUCGACAGCGAAGAUGAUUUGAGUGAAUUCAGACAAGAACUAACAUCUCAAGACAUCACAAGUGACUCGGAAACAUCACUUACACUUGAAGAAAUUUCCACGAAAUCACUGACAGCAGCUGAAAAUCAGGAAACUGUCAGCACGAGUUCAUGUGAUUCAGGCUUGGAAUCUCUGCAAUCAGGUAUAAAUCUGCGACCGCGCAAAAGGACAAAAUCAAGCGACGACUCAGAUGGUGCAAAAAACUCGAAGAAACAAGCGAACGGGAAGAAAAAAGGCGUCGGAUUAAAAAAUCUGGGCAACACUUGCUUCAUGAACAGUGUGCUUCAAUCCCUUCACAACAUUCAACAGUUCACUUAUUAUUUUAGUAAUCUGCCGAAAAUCGAGCAACCUAAGCCAAGACCGUAUUAUUCACGCAGCAUUAAAGAGAAUUUAGACGAAAUUUUUCUUGUUGAAGAAUUGCGAAAGGUUCUCAUUGAUCUUAAAAGUGGAGUUGACAACAAUAAAUCUUCAAUUUCACCUGAAUGUCUGUUCUUGGUAAUCUGGAAAGUUGUUCCACAAUUUAAAGGAUAUCAUCAACAUGAUGCUCACGAGUUCCUACGAUACAUGCUUGAUCGUCUUCACACCGAGCUACAAAAUGUUCCCAACUCUUUACCACCCACGCCUAUUAACAGUAAAAUGAAAAAUUAUAUUUGUCCAUCACCGGUUAAGAAAGGAACGUCAUUUGUGACGAAUGUUUUUGAGGGAACAUUACUAAGUGAAGUUCGAUGUUUAGUAUGCGGACAAGAAAGCAAGAAGCAUGAUCCGUUUCUUGAUCUCUCACUUGACAUUCCCGAGAAAUAUUAUAACAAAGAAGCUGAUGACGUCGACAAGAAACCAUCAUGUGACAUUUCUGACUGUCUUUCAAGCUUUGUAUCAAUCGAAGAAUUGACUGAAACAGAGCUUUACCAUUGCAGUAAUUGCAAGAAGAAACAGCGAUCAACAAAACGCUUUUGGAUUCGACGACUACCGAAUGUUUUAUGCUUGCAUAUUAAAAGAUUUCGAUGGAAUGGAUAUUACAGAACAAAGAUUGAUUUACGAAUUCAUUUUCCUAUAACAGCUUUGGACUUGUCAAAGUUUGUUUUAAACAGUGGACCUGAAACGAGACGUUCUAAUUCCGGCAGCAUUUAUGAUUUGGCAGCUGUGAUUGUACAUCAUGGCUCAGGUACCAGUAAUGGACAUUACACGUCAUAUGCCUACAACAAUGGAGUUUGGAUGCACUUCAACGAUACAUCUGUGAAGGAAGUGUCACGAGAAAUUGUAGCGGAAUGCAAGCCGUACAUUUUAUUCUAUACCAAGCGUGAAGGUGACGCUAGUGAUGCAUCUUAAGGCAUUUCAUCUUAAGAAUUCACGCUCAUAAUAAUUUUUAUGGAGAUUAAGUUGAGAGACUGAUGAUAAAAGCAUUGAUUUUCCUACCGUUAAAUUAGAUACGUGCUUAAGUUCAAUAAAUUUCCUCCGUUCCUCAAUCUUCUUCAGUGUAAAAUGCUGAAUCAAGUCUCAUAAUCAGAGGUUGAAAAUAUGAUCAAAAAUAAGACCAUUUCCUUGCUUAUUUUUAUUAAUUCUUUCAGAUGUUGGUUGGAAAUUGUCUCAAAAAGAUUUCCAUCAUUUAGUUUGAGAUCCUUUAAAUUUCCUUCUGAUCUCAGCCUCUGUUCAUUUUUAAUUCCCUCCUCAUCCAUCAUAAAAAAAGAAUAAAACAAUGGAAAUGUUUAUUUUAAAAACUUUUGUUCUUUUUUAUUUGAAUAAAUUACUUAGUAACAAAAAUUAUGAUAAUUUUUCUUAUAAUUUCUUAAUUAGAUUAAGAAGUAUUCGGAUUUGAUUAUAAAAUUUUCUCUUAAAAAGCAGAAAAGAAAUAUUGAAUGGAAAUUAAUCAUAAUUUUACAUUAUAAUAAAAUGUAGAUGUGAAGUAUUAAAAUUAUGUUAAUUUUAGUUCCGUUUCCAAACUAAUAGCUUGUUAUUAGCUGGGAGGUCAUAGGAAGCGAUGAGCAUGAUGGAGAAUUUGAUUGCAAUUUUCUUGAGUUCUGCGAUGUCACGAAUGCCCCAAGAAGGAUUUCGAGAUUUUAAACUUUGGUCAAAUGAAAUGUUGCUUUCAGGCGUGAGAACACCGUCAACAGCGUAAGGUCCAUAAGUGAAGAGAAUUCCAUCUUUCUUCAAAAGUUUCGAGGAAUUCGAGAAUAAACCAAUAGAACAUUCGAAUGGACUAAUGUGCAUCAUGUUAAUAUUCAACAUGUAAUCAAAAGAUUCCCGACAAUCUCUCAAAUAAUCUCCAUUAAAUUUCGCAUCCCAAUUCUCAAGAUCUUUCGAGAUAUCUACGUAAACUGGUUCAAAUACAUUUUCCACUCCGUAAUGUCUUUUAUAUUCAACAAUACUUUUGAACAUUUCCUUUUCGUAUUCAGAAGGUUGAAAAGUUGUCAUGGGAAAAUAUUUCGCUAAGAAUGAUGAAUGUAAUCCGGUACCUGAUGAAAUUUCCAAUAAUGUUGUGUUUGUAUUUACAAUAAUGUAUUUUUUUAACACUUCAAGAAUUGCCUCCUUGUUCCUCUCUCCAGCUGGAUUACGCAACAUUUCUAAUUGAGGUAUUGAAAGCUUUCUAUUUUGAUUGAUUGCGAAGGAAAUAUUCAGAAACUUUGUCGCUCUUAAGAGAAUCAUUUGUUUG